AUGGCCAACGAACAGCUCGGAGAGUACCGGCGAAUCCAGGACAACAGUACAGAGGAGUCGGGGCCCAGCUGGUCCACGCUGAAGACCUCCGCACUCUCCAGCUGCGAGGAGGAGGGCGCCCACCGAGUCGAGGUCCUGCUCGAGUCGUAUGGCCUGACAGGCGAGCUGGACACGUUGGACGAGGCUGUCCAGCUGUGCGGCGACGGCGCCUACCAGCUGGCCCAGGAGCAGCGCGACGUCCCCUGGAGCUUCAUCGACUCCGUCUUCUUCUGCAUGACGGUCGUCACAACCAUCGGGUAUGGCCACAUUUCGCCGUCGUCGCCGGGCGGCCAGAUCUUCUGCAUCGUGUACUCGCUGCUCGGUAUCCCGACGAGCGGCCUGCUGCUGGCCGGCCUCUCCGACUUCUUCUUCGCCGGCAACCUGCUCAACUUCUACGACUUCCAAAUGGCAGCGGCGAUACGGCGACUCGAGCGACGCCGGGCCUAG